UUUCCCACUAAGCUUCUUCGAUUCACCAUCCUCUAAGACCAUCAUCACUGCUUCUAAGGUGCGACUCCUUGAUCUCCUACUUGUUCCUUAAGUUUUUCAAAUUUUUGAUGGAAAGCCAAGGAAGACAUCCUCCACCUCAUCAUCUAAGGCAUCCUCUUCCGAUUAUGCCGCCGCCGCCUUCAGCUCAACCCGCCUUUCCUCCCUUUAACAACACCCUCCCUCCACUUCAACUCAUGGAGCAGAAGCUCGCCACGCAGCACGGCGAGAUGCAGCGACUAGCGAUAGAGAAUCAGAGGCUCGCCGCCACGCACGGUAACCUACGGCAAGAGCUAGCGGCGGCGCAGCACGAGCUGCAGAUGCUGCAUUCCCAGAUCGGGUCGAUCAAGUCCGAGGGGGAGCAAAGGAUGAGCGGUUUGGCGGAUAAAGUCGCGAAGAUGGAGGCCGAGCUGAGGAAGUCCGAGGCUUUGAAGAUGGAGAUGCAGGAGGCGCGUGGGGAGGCGCGUGGAUUGGUGGUGGCGAGGGAGGAGCUUAUGUCCAAAGUGCAUCAGUUGACUCAGGAGAUUCAGAAGUCUCGUGGAGAGGUGCAGCAAGUGCCGGCUCUCAUGUCUGAACUUGAUGGGUUAAGACAGGAGUAUCAGCAGUGCAGGGCAACGUAUGACUAUGAGAAGAAGUUCUACAACGACCAUAUAGAGUCACUUCAGGCUAUGGAGAAGAACUACAUGACUAUGGCUAUGGAAGUACAGAAACUUCAAGCACAGUUAAUGAACGGAAGAGCUGGUGGCGCUUAUGGUAACAACACCAAUGCUGAAAACGAUGCUUCUGGCCAUCAGAAUGGAGUUGGUUACUAUGAUGAGGCUUAUGGUCACCAGGGUUAUGUUCCUCAACCAGCAGCUGGUACUGCAACUGCACCAAAUCCAGCAGUUCCCACAGCUCAAUACCCUUAUCAAGGAGGAUCUCAGCCAGGAUAUUUCCCUCCGAGACCCGGUUACUACUUCCCAAGAGGCCCUCCUCAUGGUUCAUAUGACCCAACUAGGUUACCCGCAGGACCACAGGGUGGUCAGUUCCCGCCUGGAUCAUCCAACAAUACGCCUUACGGCUCUGCUGCAACAACUGGUCCACGCGGAAACCCGAGUCGUAGAUGAAGCUACCAACACAGAGUACAUAGUGAUAAUAAACAAACCAUCCUCAUCCCUUGUUCAACUGUGUAGUUGUUGGUGGUUUUGGAUUUUAUCUAUGUAUGGUCAAGAGAAGCUAGUGAACUUUGAGUGCGAUUAUCUGAUUUUGUGAGAGCUUCUUGACUUGAAUUUGUAACGAUACUGGAGAUAAACAACAAAGAAGAUAAAGUUUAUAUACUCAUUUAAAAGGAUUAUAAAUG